AUGAGGAGGGCGAUCCCCCUCUGCGUGUUCGCUGGUCAGCCUUUGAUCAGGAGUUGGACUCCAGGGCCAGGCUUCAGGCAUACUCCGGUUUUUGUUCCACGACACAGAGACACGACGCGGGGCUCUAUUUUGGGCCUACCUGUCGUGACCUUCCUGGCCUGCCUCUGUCGAAAAGGUCAUCUACCUCGACGAGCCAUGACGACACGUUCGGAUGAAGUGGCCCUUCCAACCCGGCUACGGGAAGCGGCCAGCUCCGUGCUUCUGGAAUCCACGGAUACUGUGGCCGUUUGCGGUCUGCAGCCUGUACUGCCAGGCCACACGGUCCUCGUUGCUAAGUCCCUCGGUUCCCGACUCAGCCAACUUUCAGAAGACGCCAUGCUUGAUCUCUGGAGAACCGCUUUGAGAGCCCAGGUGCACUUGGAGCGAGAACUCGCUACAACAGCAAGCAAUUGGGCCGUCUUCGAUGGCUGGUUUUCUGGUCAACCUGUGGCUCAGGUUCACCUACAUGUGGUUCCCCGCAAGUCCGGCGAUCUCGACGAGAACGACCAGGUCUAUGCUGCUUUGGAGGCAUGGACGCCAUGGCCUGCAGGAGGAGCCCUGCAGCCACCUCCCAUCGCGUGGCCAGCGGAUGAGCAUCGCAAAGAACGAACAGGUGAGCUCAUGGCCCAGGAGGCCGGCAGCUACCGCACUGGAAUCGAAGGACAUGGAAGCAUUCCAGAAGAGCAGGCUCAGCGAGAGAGUAGCCAAGCCAGAAGCCAGAAUUUGCGAGAGCGGUACGACAACGCCGCGCAGCUUGAACGGUCGCACAUCUUCUUUGCCUCACCAAGUGGCUUGAGCGUGGCUUUCGUCAACCUGAAGCCCCUGGUUCCUGGCCAUGUCCUGGUCACGCCGCGAAGGGUGGCUCCCAGGCUCGCGGACCUCUCCGAGGAGGAGUUCGACGACUUGUUCCGCACUGUUCGCUUGGUGCAGGCGGUGGUGGAGCGCCACUACGGAGCAGAGGCUUCCCGACUCGGCAUUCAGGAUGGCCCUGAUGCUGGCCAAUCGGUUCCUCAUGUCCACGUGCGCGACCUGCAGACCUAG